UCCGCUGAAAUUCGUGUGGUAGCGCCACUGCUCUUCCGCUAAAGCACAAAAUUGGUUAAAAAUGAAACAAAUACAGUAAAUUAUAGGUGAAUUGACGACACAGUGCGACCUUUCUUUUGAUAGUAGCCAUAUAGUGUAAUGUUCGGUUGAGCGAGUUCCGGUUUCGUGUUUUUGUUGUCGGCAUUCUUCUGUUUGCCAUGUGGUCGAUGUUGCAUGAGUGAUCACUGUCCAUGUCACCGUGGUUGAUGUUGAGAGAGUGAUUAUUCUGCAGACCUAUUAGGUGUUUUGAACGGUGCAACGUUCGCUCAGAAUACAUAUCUAGAAGCGCUUCCGGGUAAAAUGGAUGGUACAGACGGUGCAGGCAAGCGGCCCUUAGAUCAAGCUGACACUGACAUAAAGCCAAAAAAGCCCAAGACUGAAUCUGGUGCGUUCGAACGACACAGAAAAUUUAUCCCAUCGGAAAGUUCCGUUGGUAUCACCGAGUACAUUGGAACACACAAAGGAUUUACGGGUCACCUCAAACAGAGGUAUUCCGACUUCUUGGUCAAUGAAAUCGCACCAUCUGGAGAAGUGGUUCGUCUGAAGUCCUUCGAAGGGCCUGCGAACGAUGCCGCAGAAGAGGACUCAUACAUUAAUACCACCGUGGUGUCAAAAGAGACACUGGACAAGAUGAAUGCCUUGGUAUCCGGAGACACAGCUGGACAAAUCACCAUUGAUGUGACGGAUCUGUCGAAAGAUGAGAGGAGACAAGUGCACAUCUUAGUCAGAAAGAAAUUUCCGGACCUCGAAAGUCAGACGAAGAUACAAGACUCGAAAAAGAUCAUAACGGUCGAGAAAAAAGAAAAUCAUCAGGGACCAAAGAGACAAAAGUACUGGCCACACACAAGAGGCAACCACACCGCAUUUACGCUGUACAAGGAAAAUGCAGAUACAAUGGAAGCAAUUAAUAUGAUAGCUAAAGUAUUGAGGUACAAGCCAUCGCGUUUCACUUACGCUGGCACCAAAGACAAACGUGCCAAGACGUGCCAAAUGGUUUCGAUCUACCGUGUACCCGCGUCUCAUCUUGUGGGCCUCAACAAACGACAGUGGAACAUUGCCAUCGGAGAUGUGCAUUACAGGGAAAAAGAAGUCAAGCUCGGUGAUCUAUCGGGAAACCGUUUCGGCAUUGUUCUACGGGGUGUCAGUGGAUCAAAAGAGGACAUUGAGGAUGCCGUUGCAUCUCUGUCUCAGAAAGGGUUCAUAAACUACUUUGGGCUACAAAGAUUUGGAACAACUUCUGUCUCUACUCACGACAUUGGAAGAGCACUGUUGAAGGAACAGUACGAGGAAGCGGUGAACCUUAUCUUGAAGCCGAGGGACGGUGGCGGUGGUAGACCAGACCUAGCAGCAUGCAGAGAAGAAUGGCAGCGGUCAAAGGACCCGCAAAAGGCACUGGAACACCUCAAACGGAAAUGUAUUCUGGAAGGCCUAUUGCUUCAAGGGCUCAUCUCGAGCGGAGUGAAGGCUUGGUCCACGGCUCUUUAUUCUAUUCCGAGGAAUACUCGUCUGAUGUACGUGCACAGUUACCAGAGCUUUGUCUGGAACAGGGUGGUGUCCAGAAGGUUACAGAAGUUUGGUCUAGCAGUUCUCGAAGGAGACCUGAUCCUUAACCAGUCUGAAUGUGUGCCUGAAGAAGUGAUGGACAAACGGAAAGCCACACCGUCUGUGGUCUCCGAUAUUUCGUCGUGUUCAAUACAGGAAGUUGUCCUGCCACUUCCAGGCUACAACGUAAACUUCCCAAAGAACGAAAUUGCGGACUGGUACAAAGAAAUCCUUGCCGAAGAAGGUCUCACAGUAGAGAGCCUCAAGACAAAGAAUAAGUCCUAUUCGCUGAGUGGCUGUUACCGGCACAUAGUUGUCGUUCCCCAUGACAUGACAUGGUCCGAAGUACGUUACUCUACCAUUGAGGAACCAGUCGUGUUGAGUGACUACGACAUCCUCAAGGGACACAACCUUCCAGAAGGUGAUGAAAAUGAAGACUGCAGCUCAAAAAUGAGGGGCCUCAAAAUUGAAUUCUCACUUCCACCUUCAAGCUAUGCCACCAUGGCCAUACGUGAACUCACCAAAUCCGACACCUCCGUCUGGUCCAACGAAACACCGAAGGAAUCAAGCGAGAAGAGCGAAGAGGGGGGCGAGGAAGAAAACGGGGAGUACGACUACGAGUUGGACACCUCCGAGGCUGUGUGACGGGCUUUGGCAACAAAUGUCCAUCAUUUCGGUUAUCAAUAAUAAGGCUAUUAAAUACAAGCUUGCACUCUUUUGCAAAAAAAAA